CUGAUUUUUUGUUUAACCAGCAAACAAUUUAAUCCAAGAUGGAAUGAUGAAUAAACAUAUUUUAGAAGCUUGCAAUUAUUUAUCUUAAUAUUUUUAGAGUUCUAACAAUUGGUCAAUAUAAAAUGAGCCAGAUGAGAGUAAUUUCACAACUAAAAAGCAACCAAAAAAGGAAGAAAAAACAACCGGAGUCAAAGCGAGAAGAUGAUAUACCAACAGAACUCAGGGAUUUUAUCUCCCAGAUUGCGAUGGGGUCAGGGGGUGAACCUGAGAAGAAGAUAAGGCCAGCAGCAGGUGCAGCAGUAGCAGCUCUAGAAGAACCAGCUCCUAAACAAGAAAAGGGAGAAAAGUUUACUGGGCUUGAAAUAAUGUCUUUAUGGAACAGUUUUAAAAAGGAUUUUCCCGAAGGAGAAAUUAAUAGAUCUCAGAUGAACCAGCUUGUUAAGGAUAUUUUUCCUAGGUGUAACUCAGAGAUUGUUAUCGACAAUUUAUUCAAGGUGUUUGAUCAUGAUAACAAUGGCAAAGUUGUUCCGAAUGAACUUCUUAUGGCAUUUUCCAUGGCGAUGCAGGGAACAGUCGAGGAGAAGUUACACUGGACCUUCAAGUUGUAUGACAAGGAUGGAAGUGGAGAAAUUGAUCCAGAUGAGAUGGAAGACAUUUUUAGAAAACUCUGCAAGAUUGCUGAAGGAAUAGAGAAAGACCAAAAAAUAAUAGAUAUAGAAGAACAGGAGAGAGAGAAAAAGAGAAUACUAAAAGAAAAGGAAAAGGAGGAGAGAAGAUUUAAACAAGAAGCAGAAGAUAAACUACUGGGGAGAAAUAUAAAGGGAUGA